GAAGCUAUAUAUGCCAAGGCUCGGUCUCUGCUUGCGAAAACCCUAGAAGAACCUUGUUUCCAAGAGCCUCGUCGGCGGCUGGGUCUCCACCCAAAUCCACCUCGCAGGAUGAAGGUUGUUGCUGCCUAUUUACUUGCUGUUCUUGGUGGAAACACUUGCCCAACUGCUGAUGAUCUGAAGGAUAUCCUAGGAUCAGUGGGGGCUGAAGCCGAUGAUGACAAAAUCGAGCUCCUCUUGUCUGAAGUCAAAGGUAAAGACAUAACUGAACUUAUUGCUUCUGGGAGGGAGAAGGUCGCAUCAGUGCCCUCCGGUGGUGGUGCCAUUGCAGUUGCAGCACCUGCUGGAGGUGGUGGUGCUGCAGCUCCUGCAGCAGAUGAGCCAAAGAAAGAAGAGAAGGUGGAAGAGAAAGAAGAAUCAGAUGAGGAUAUGGGCUUUAGUUUGUUUGACUGAGUGGUAUUAGUCUUUUUGGAACACUAAGUAGAGGUUGAUCUGCAAGAUACUAGGAUUUUUAUUACAGACUGAAUCUUUUGUCUGGAACGGCAAGGCGUCAUGCCUCUAUAUUUCGUGUAUUGUAGCAAGUCUCAAAUAGGUCUUGGUCAGCAUGCUCUCGCAUGUAUUCUGUUUGGGUGCAUUAGUUUAUGAAUCAAUUUUGAACAUCAUCCUAAUUUGUUUCAUGGUUUUAGUAUCCA